AGUCAAUCCCCUUCCCUAGUCCUCCUCUCUUCAAGCUUUUCACAGAAACCACCCUUCUCUCUCUACUGCCUUUUACCACUGAGAAGAGAGAGAGAGAGAGGAUCCGUCGGUGUGUACUAAUCUCACUGACACUACAUCCGAUCGUCGCCGGUGACAUUUUAUAAGUGUGGAGUUGCUUUAUUGAUGGAUCAGUACGAGAAAGUUGAGAAGAUUGGUGAAGGAACUUACGGUGUGGUUUAUAAGGCACGAGACAAAGUCACUAAUGAGACAAUAGCUUUGAAGAAGAUAAGGCUAGAGCAGGAGGAUGAAGGUGUACCUAGUACAGCCAUUAGAGAAAUCUCCCUCUUGAAAGAAAUGCAGCACAGCAACAUUGUCAAAUUGCAGGAUGUGGUGCACAGUGAGAAACGUUUGUAUCUGGUUUUUGAGUAUCUUGACUUGGAUCUCAAAAAGCACAUGGAUUCAACCCCUGAUUUCUCCAAGGAUCUACAUAUGAUCAAAACAUAUCUUUACCAGAUUCUCCGUGGAAUUGCGUAUUGCCACUCUCACAGGGUUCUCCAUCGUGAUCUAAAGCCACAGAAUUUGUUGAUUGAUCGCCGCACAAACUCACUAAAGCUUGCAGAUUUUGGACUGGCCAGAGCAUUCGGUAUCCCUGUCAGGACAUUUACUCAUGAGGUGGUUACUCUCUGGUACCGAGCACCAGAGAUACUCCUAGGAUCUCAUCAUUACUCUACACCUGUUGAUAUUUGGUCUGUGGGAUGCAUAUUUGCUGAGAUGAUCAGCCAAAAGCCCUUAUUUCCUGGAGACUCCGAGAUUGAUCAACUCUUCAAGAUUUUCAGAAUCAUGGGAACUCCAUACGAGGAUACAUGGCGUGGGGUAACUUCGCUGCCGGAUUAUAAAUCUGCUUUCCCUAAAUGGAAACCAACGGACCUAGAAAGUUUUGUCCCCAAUCUAGAUCCCGAUGGAGUAGAUCUCCUUUCUAAAAUGCUGUUAAUGGAUCCGACCAAAAGAAUCAACGCAAGAGCCGCCCUGGAGCAUGAAUACUUCAAGGAUCUUGGCGUCAUGCCUUAGAAAGGCAUAAAACCAGUAAUCUCCUUCAUUUUAUAUAUAAUUAUCUUUCAAUCUUAAGAAAAUGAAGAACAACAAUAUUAAUGGGUUUUGUUUAUUCUUUUUUUAUGAGUUCAUUUCCUACCUAGUACGAAAAAAAAAAGAAGAAGAUUUCGAGUGUGUUUUUUUUUACUUCUAAGUUUUUGAGAUCAGUUUCUUGUAUCUUCUUUUACCCAGAAUAUAAUAUUCCCCUAUAUGAAAUAUGGUUUUUGUUUGCAAAGUGACCAUAUUA